AACUGUGCUAAAGAAUAAUGACUUGAGAUCGAGACAAGAAUUAACUACUCACCUCACCAAUCAGUGGCCUUCCCCAGGAGCUCUGGAUGUCAAUGCUGUUGCCUUGGACACUCUACUCUAUAGAAAGCACAAUCAACAAUGGGAUGAGAAGAGUUUUCAAAGUCUGGACCAACUUUCAGCAGAUGGUAGUCUUUCUCAAUCCUCUCUGGAUCCAGGUCACUCACAGGAUGGGAAGCAGGAUGGAAUGAACUUGUUAAAUGAAGGGAAGGAAGACACUCCAUCAUUGCUUGGUCUUUGUGGCUCUUUGACAUCAGUAGCAAGCUACAAAUCUCUCACAAGUCUGAAAUCAAGUGAAUAUCUUGCAAGUCCCACAACAGAGAUGACAAGUCCGGGCUUAACACCAUCUUGAGAUACACACAAUAAGGAAGAGCUUUGUGGUUUAUGCAUUUAUGUUCCAUAAAAUGACUUGCAAUGAAGACUGCUAGUUCUGAGUUAAAAAAAAAUAAGCUGCUUUAUUUUUUCUUUUCAUGGUUACCCAUGUAAUUCACAAACUCUGUCAGUUUUCAUUCACCUUUUUUUUCCCCUGGAGGACUCUUCAGAUUUUCUGUUUUAGUCUGGAAUUACUUAAAGCUCUUGGUCAGGUACAGAAUGUAUAAUCCAAUGCUUAUGAUUGAUUUUUAAAAUGAAACUGUUGGAAGUCAGUUCCCUAUUUAAUUGCC